GCUGGGCCUUGCAGUGAGGGACGUGGGCUCUGGGCGGACGGUGGGCGGGUGGCGCGGGCCCGGGAUCCUCGGCCUGUCCUUCCGGUGCGGCCGGACGAGGAACCCCGGAGUCGCGCUUCCGUGGUCCCUGCGGCUGUGGUUCAACCAGGAAUCUAACCCGUGAUCGCAGCCGGCCGCUGAGGAAGGCAGAUCCGAGAAGCCUGUAGAAUUCACGUCGGGAAAGAAGAGAUUACUCAGAAACUCCUUCCCAGGCACAGAACCCAGUCGUCGUCGUAAGCUAUUGCAGCCCAGAAUGGCUGUGGAAUCCAGAGCAAUUUCGACUUUGAAGCCUCAGACUCAAGAAGAAUUGAUACUAGUGAAAAUAGAAGAUAGCUUUUCCUGGAGCCAGAAGUGUAAGCAGAAUGGAACUGCCCAAUCCUGCCAAGAACUGUUCCGCCAGCAGUUCAGGAACUUUUGCUACCAUGAGACCCCUGGGCCCCGGGAAGCUUUGGGCCGGCUCCAGGAACUUUGCUACCAGUGGCUGAUGCCUGAGUUGCACACAAAGGAGCAGAUCCUAGAGCUGCUGGUGCUGGAGCAGUUCCUGAGCAUCCUGCCUGAGGAGCUGAAGGUGUGGGUUCAGCAGCAUGGUCCAAGAAGUGGCGAGGAAGUGGUGACCCUGCUGGAGGAUUUGGAGAGAGAGUUUGAUGACCCAGGGCAGCAGGUCCCAGCUAGUCCACCGGGGCCAGCAGUGUCAUGGAAAGAUUUGACAUACAUCAGAGCAUCCCAAGAGUCAACAAACACAGAGCUCCAACCUUUGAAGACACAGCUGAAAUCCUGGAAACCUUGCCUUUCCUCUAAAAGUGAUUGUAAGAACAGUGGAACAUCAUCAAAAGUGGGCGUUUCAGAAGAAAAAUCAGUGGGACUCUCUUGGGAUCCUUCGUUUAGAGGCUUUAGUGAACACAAAAGCAAUUUAGAAUGGCAGCAAGGAAGUUCCCCUAUCCAUGGAGGCAGUUUUAGUCAGUUGAUCUUUACACACAAAUCUUUGGGAAAGAAAGACCACCAUGAUGAUCCUCAAAGAUUCUUGAUCCUAAGUACAAAUACUGCAACAUGUCAGAAAGUUCCCACAGAAGAGAAACCUUAUAGAUGUGAUGUAUGUGGGCACAGCUUCAAACAGCAUUUUUCUCUAACCCAACAUCAGAGAAUCCAUACUGGAGAAAAACCCUAUAAAUGUAAUCAGUGUGGGAAGGCCUUUAGUUUAAGGUCAUACCUCAUUAUUCAUCAGAAAAUUCAUAGUGGUGAGAAAGCAUAUGAGUGCAGUGAAUGUGGAAAAGCCUUCAAUCAGAGCUCAGCCCUCACUAGACAUCGGAAAAUUCAUACGGGUGAGAAAGCUUGCAAAUGUAAUGAAUGCGGCAAAGCAUUCAGUCAAAGUUCAUAUCUAAUUAUACAUCAAAGAAUCCACACUGGUGAGAAACCCUAUGAGUGUAAUGAAUGUGGGAAAACCUUUAGCCAGAGCUCAAAGCUUAUUAGACAUCAACGAAUUCACACAGGAGAGAGACCCUAUGAAUGUAAUGAAUGCGGGAAAGCUUUCAAACAGAGCUCCGAGCUUAUUACCCAUCAGAGGAUACACAGUGGAGAGAAACCCUAUGAAUGUAAUGAGUGUGGAAAAGCUUUCAGUCUGAAUUCAAACCUGAUCAGGCAUCAGAGAAUUCACAGUGGAGAGGAACCUUACCAGUGCAGUGAGUGUGGCAAAUCCUUCAAAAGGAGCUCAGCACUUGCUCAGCAUCAAAGAAUCCAUGCUGGGGAUGAAGCAUAUAUAUGUAGUGAAUGUGGGAAAGCUUUCAGGCACCGAUCAGUGCUUGUGCGCCAUCAGAGAGUCCACACUGUAAAGUGUCUGCAGCUCCCCGGGCAGGAUGGCCAGGAACUGCUCAAGCACCAGCAGCUCCAGGAUCUGCUCCUUGGAGUGUUCCUCUGGCCUCAGCCACUGGUGGCAAAGCUCCUGCAGUUGGUUCAGAGCCUCCCGGGGCCCAGCGAAGUCAGCGUAACCAAACUGUCUAAAGAGCUGGCGGAAGACCUCCUGGCUUUGAGGAUUUCCCUGAAGACUGAAAUCCUGCCUCCAAACAAUUUCUUCAACUUUCACAAUGUUAAGUCCAUCUUGUUCUUUUGGAGCAUGACAGGCCAAGGCUGUGGCUUCUCCAGACAUCCUGGGUUGGGAAAUGAUGGUGAAAACCCUGGGAUGGGAGAUAACAGUAGUGAUGGGUUUCCAAGGGGAUUAUUUCGGAGUAUGACCAAGGAAACGCCCGCGCCGUUGCUGAGACCCGCCCGGGACGAGCUUCGCACAGCAGAGAGCCUACAGCGCGGUGUAGGCGCUGGGCGAACCCGAUGGAGAACCGCGGGCGGGGAGCAGCCGGCGGACGGACGGCGACCCCCGGCCCGCGCGGCCGCCCCGCCACACUCACCCUUCUCUCCGCAAGAUGCCCGCCAGGCGCAGUCGCGGAAGCCGGAAGGUUGGGAGGCGUACGCGCCGGAAGUGGGGGCCUGCUCCAGGACCCGGGAGGAGUGGUCUCCGGGGCUGUGCGCCCUCUGGGGGUGCCUGCUGGAAAGGACUUCCCGAAGCCUUCAGAGACCCCCGGCCGAGCAGUGGACGCCAGGCCUGCGCGGCAGAGCUGGCCGCGUGCAUGCACUGUAUGCAUCGUUCGCGUUGUAUGCUUUGCUGAAUCCUUGCGGAAACACAGCCGCAGCCAGCAGCACACAGCUCCUGCCCCCGCUCCCCUUCUUCACCGAGCUUUCCGAGCGGCUGGGCCGGUGGGCUCCCGGCAUCUCCAGUAGGAGGGCUUCCGGGCGGCCUGCAGGGCAGCGGGACGGCCCCUGGGCGUGGCCUGGGGCGGAGCCUGCGAUGUUGUGGUCUUGGUGGCAUCAGGACUGGAUGAACCCGGAGUCAGCCCCGGACGCUGGGAAGCAGCUACUGGGGUUUCCAGUGUUGGAAGCGGAGGAAGGAGACGUCACGCUGAUCUGCUACCCAGUUGCCUCCCGAGGUGUCCAGUUGUGGUCCAUGGAGAUCCAGUUUGGUUGUGACUCUUGAGCGCAUCAUCCCCUGUCAGAUGGUGAGACUAAGAUCAAGAUUGGAGAGCCAGCUUCAGAGGAGGAAAUGACAGGAAUUGAGACUGAAGAGUCUGGCAACCCCAAGGAGGAUGUUCUCCAGAAGUCAAAAGAAAAAGAGUUCUGUGACUUUGGGAAUAAACUGAAUGAAAAGGACCAGAACCUCUUUAAAAGAAGUCAGCAUACCUGUGAUGAGUGUGACCAAAGCUUGGCUUGGAGUACAGGCCUUAUUAGACACCAGAGAACACAUUGGGAGAAACCUUAUCAAUGUGAUGUGUGUGGUAAGGCCUUUCGUAUGAGCUCAGCCCUGGUUCUGCACCAGAGAAUUCAUACUGGAGAGAAACCCUAUCCUUGUAAUUGGUGCAUUAAAAGUUUUAGUUGGAGCUCAGAUCUUAUUAAACAUCUUAUUAAACAGUGUGGGGUCCACACUGGUGAAAAACCUUAUAAAUGUAAUGAAUGUGGGAAAGCCUUCAGUCAGAGUCAGAGAAUUCACACUGGAGAAAAACCCUACCAUUGCAGUCACUGUAGUAAAAGUUUUAGCCAGCGCUCAGACCUUGUUAAACAUCAGAGAAUCCACACUGGAGAGAAGCCAUAUAUGUGUAACCAGUGUAACAAACAUUUUAGUUAGAGUUCUGAUGUUAUAAAGCAUCAAAGAAUCCACACUGGGGAGAAACCAUAUAAGUGUGAUGUAUGUGGGAAAGCCUUUAGUCAGAGUUCAGAUCUUAUUCUACAUUAGAGAAUCCACACUGGGGAGAAGCCAUAUCUGUGUAAUCAGUGUAAUAAAAGUUUUAGUCAGAACUCCGACCUUAUUAAACAUCAAAGGAUCCACACUGGAGAGAAACCUUAUAAAUGUAAUGAAUGUGGUAAGGCUUUUAAUCAGAGCUCAGUCCUUAUUCUGCAUCAAAGAAUUCAUACUGGAGAGAAACCCUAUCCAUGUAAUCAAUGCAUCAAAACCUUUAGUAGGCUUUCAGAUCUUAUUAAUCAUCAACGAAUUCACACUGGAGAGAGGCCUUACCCAUGUAGUCAAUGCAGUAAAAUGUUUAGUCGAAGAUCGGAUCUUGUUAAGCAUUAUACAAUUCAUACAGGUGAGAAGCCCUAUGAAUGUGAUGAGUGUGGGAAAACCUUUAGUCAGAGCUCCAAGCUUAUUCUUCAUCAGAGAAUUCACACUGGAGAAAAACCAUAUCCAUGUAAUGAUUGUUCCAAAAGUUUUAGUCGCUGUUCAGAUCUCAUCAAGCAUCAAAGAAUACACACUGGUGAGAAACCAUAUACAUGUAAUCUGUGCAAUAAAAGUUUUAGUCAAAGCUCAGACCUCACUGAACAUCAGAGAAUACAUUCUGGUGAAAAACCCUAUCAAUGUGAUAGUUGUGAAAAAGCCUUUAGUCAGAGUUCUGACCUUAUCCUUCAUCAUAGAAUUCACAGAGGAGAAAAACCGUAUGUAUAUACACAAUGCACCAGAAGUUUCCAUCAGAAUUCAGACCGCUUUAAACACCAGUGAAUCCACAUGGGCAAGAGACCGUAUAAAUGCAAUGAGUGUGGGAAGGCUUUCCGUCAGUGCUCAGCAGUUAUCCUACAUCAGAAAAUCCACACUGGGGAAAAACCAUACCCAUGUGCUCAUUGUGGCAAAAGCUUUAGUCGGCGCUCGGAUCUCAUUAACCAUCAAAGAAUCCACACUGGUGAAAAACUACAAACAUGAUACAUGUGGGAAAACCAUCAGCAGUGGCACAGAUCUUACUGAACACCAGAGGAUGCACAUGAAGGAGAAA